GAUACAACGUCCUCCCUGUCUUCAGGAAGCAAGCAGGGCACUUCAGAGGAGGAGCACCGUGGGAUUCGUCUAAGAAAGGACCAGGAAGGGCAGCAGCCUCAGCAUGGACAGUGGGACUGGCCAGGUCUCCACCCCCUCCACACUGCCAUACUACGUGGCCUUCUCCCAGCUGCUGGGCCUGACCGUGGUGGCCAUGACUGGUGCUUGGCUGGGUCUGUACCGAGGCGGCAUUGCCUGGGAGAGCACCCUGCAGUUUAAUGUGCACCCCCUCUGCAUGGUCAUAGGCCUCAUCUUCCUGCAGGGAGAUGCCCUGCUGGUUUACCGUGUCUUCAGGAAAGAGGCCAAACGCACAACCAAGGUCCUGCACGGGCUGCUGCAUGUCUUUGCAUUCAUCAUCUCCCUGGUUGGCCUGGUGGCUGUGUUCGAUUACCACAGGAAGAUGGGCUACGCCGACCUGUACAGCCUGCACAGCUGGUGCGGGAUCCUGGUCUUCGCCCUUUACAUCGUGCAGCUGGCUCCGCGGCCGGGGCGCCCCCGCCUGCUUGUGCUGCCGUGGGAGUGUCCCGUCCCCGGCGGGCCCGCGCGCUGCGCCGUGGGGACGGCAGAAGGAC